UGUUCGAUUCUGUCGUAGGCAACAAUUAGGUAAUACUAUCUAAAAAUGAAUGGAUGGAUGGAGAGUAGACUUGCUUAAUGCCUACAAUUCUGCUUGACUUUGAGCUGUGAACUCGUCAUGUGAUGAUUCUUAUCAAUAUUUAGCAGAUCCUUCAAAUGGAUUCUUUUUGUUAUUUCAACCUAAAAUCUUACCUCUUUCACAUUCCCAACGUCUCUCCCUCUCUCUACACAGCAGAAGAUCUCUCCCCCCCCCCCUCUCUUCCCUGCCAGCCUCUGCACAGUCAUUAUAUAUACAUUAUAAACAUAUACAGUCAAAUUCCAUGUAUAGAUAGAUAAAGCCCUGAUCUUGAGCUAUAAAUUACAUGGGGCAGCCAGCAGCCUUUUAGUUAAAGCAACCUUCAGAAUUCACGUGCCUUCUCUUUCAAACAGAAUUGGUUUCAUCCUCGUCAUAAUAAUAUUACAGAUAGGUAAAGGAAAAGUACUUAUAUUAUCAGCAACACUCUACAUGCAGCAACAAUAGAGUACUAUCAUUAUCAGGAAUUCUCCUUUUCUUUUCUUUUCUAUCUUGUUUGUUCUUUUUUUUUUCUUUUUAAAUAAGAAAAGGUAUUUUCUUGGAAUGGAUAAAGGGUGUGGGACUUCUACUACAACUACAACUAUUACUACUGCUGCUAGUGUGACUUUCAUGGGGUUUCGUGAGAUGGGUAGGUGGUGGUUGAGUAGUGGUGGGGCAUUGAUUGUUCUGUUGUGUUUUGGGUUUUUGGUGGGUUAUGAAGUGGUUGAAGGAUACCCAGUUGAGGAUCUGGUGGUGAACUUGCCCGGUCAGCCCAAGGUUGGAUUUAGACAGUAUGCUGGGUAUAUUGAUGUUGAUGUCAACAAUGGAAGAAGCUUGUAUUAUUAUUUUGUUGAAGCUGAUAAAGACCCUGAUAACAAACCUCUUGCUCUCUGGCUCAAUGGAGGUCCUGGUUGUUCCUCCAUUGGUGGAGGUGCCUUCACUGAGUUGGGUCCAUUUUUCCCCAAAGGAAAUGGCCGAGGGCUUCGAAUAAAUUCAAUGUCCUGGAAUAGAGCAUCAAAUCUCCUCUUCGUUGAGUCUCCUGCUGGAGUAGGAUGGUCAUACUCAAAUACAACUUCAGAUUACACUACUGGGGAUGCUAAAACUGCAAAGGAUAUGCACAUUUUCUUAUUAAAGUGGUAUGAAAAGUUCCCAGAAUUGAAAUCAAGAGAACUGUUCCUUACUGGAGAAAGCUAUGCAGGGCAUUACAUACCACAGCUGGCUGAGGUUUUGCUAGACCAUAAUGCCCAUUCGACUGGUUUCAAGUUCAAUAUCAAAGGAGUUGCUAUUGGAAAUCCGCUUCUUAAGCUUGAUCGAGAUGUUCCUGCAACAUAUGAAUUCUUUUGGUCCCAUGGGAUGAUUUCUGAUGAAAUUGGCCUCAAGAUCAUGAAUGAAUGUGAAUUUGAUGACUACACCUUUGCAAGUCCACACAAUGUAUCAAAUUCAUGCAAUGAUGCCAUAUCUCAAGCAAAUAGCAUAGUUGGUGAAUACAUAAACAACUAUGAUGUGAUCCUGGACGUUUGUUACCCAUCUAUAGUACAGCAAGAGCUGCUAUUGAAGAAAGUGGUUACCAAGAUAAGUGUUGGGGUUGAUGUGUGCAUGACAAUGGAGAGAAGCUUUUAUUUCAACCUCCCUGAGGUUCAGAAGGCUCUUCAUGCCAAUCGAACUAGUCUACCAUAUAGAUGGUCCAUGUGCAGUGGUGUUUUAAAUUACAGUGAUACUGAUGGUAAUAUGGACAUACUUCCCAUUAUCAAAAAGAUUAUUCAAAAUCAUAUUCCAGUUUGGGUGUUCAGUGGUGAUCAAGAUUCUGUUGUACCUCUUCUGGGUUCAAGAACACUCGUCCGCGAACUAGCUGAUGAUCUAAAGUUCAAGAUUACAGUCCCUUAUGGAGCUUGGUUUCACAAAGGCCAGGUUGGAGGUUGGGCAACAGAAUAUGGGGACUUACUGACUUUUGUUACUGUAAGAGGCGCUGCUCAUAUGGUUCCUUAUGCACAGCCAUCCAGAGCCUUGCAUCUAUUCAGUUCAUUUGUGCGUGGCCGAAGAUUGCCAAGCACGGCACGCACUCCAAUAGAUGAUUAAGAAUUGUUUCAUUUUCCUUUACAUUGAAAACAAUAAAAGGAGUGACCGGUUUUCCAAAGAAUAAUAGUUUCAACAAAGAAAUAGGCAAUUUUAAUUGUAGUUAAAUAGGGGGGGGGGGGGGGGGGGGGAGUUGAUCAUAUUUGAUUUUCAUUUUCUGGUACUUGUUGUAUCUAAUUGGAAUGCAAAAUCAUAAUUGGAUUUGAUAGAGUUGAAACUUUAGUUUCAGUUUCUUGGUUUA